CUGGUGCCUCACACCUGACUGUCCAUGCAUGAGCCGCAACAUCACCACCGGGGAAGGAGUGGUUGUCCCUGGGGGGUGCCAGAAAUCCGUUGACCAUUGGGAUAACGAUGACCACUCAACCAGCUGACUGACUGACUGACUGAUUGACCGCCGACCAAGCAAAAAAGAAGAAACAAAGUCCACCCGCCGAAGCCAUUGACAUCCGUGAGUAGUUCCCCCAUGCGCCGCGUGGCAUGCCCAAUUUCCGUCAACUCCGAAGGAAGCGGGAAAAGGAAAGAGGAAAGGGGGGAAGAGGAAGCAAAAGAAACCGAGUCCGAGACAACAAAGUGGUAUCAAUAUCGUACACGUAAGGUAGGACAAGAUCAGCAUAAGAAACGCAACAAAGGAGGAAAGAAAGAGAAGGAAAAAGGAAGAAAGGAAAAGGGAAAGGCGAAGAGAGGAGGAAGAAGCAGCGCAGGGAAAAGAAGAAGAAGACUCCCAAGGCUCCGUGAACAUGAAGGCUAGGCGGGCAUGGAGAGAAGAAAGAGCCGAGAGACGAGACGCACCCGAGAGACACAGACAAGCCCCAAUAACAGCAAGAAAGCCAUCACCGAGCGUCAUCUCGCGGAGCGUCAUCUCAUCUCAUCUCAUCUCAUCUCACCGCACCACUCCUCCCCUUCUCGCCCUGCGUCUCCCUCAACCUCUCACCACCCCCACGCCAACAAACCAACCAACUCAACCAACCCACCCAACUCCAUCCACCUCCUCAACCCAAGCCAAAGCCAAUGCGCGGAAAACGACGAAGCCGGGCAUCGCUCGCUCACCUCGCCCUCACCACCCGCCACGACUAGCAGCAGGCGAGCUCGCGGCGCUCGACCCAGCGGCACCGGGACCCGCCGCCGG